GAUACCGCCUGUGUCGACAUCUUCGGCGCCCUGUCCCACAACUACCUCCAAGGAAUAGUCUCCCUCCUCCCCUCGCCCGACAUCCUGGCUCACGCCCCCGACGUGACCAUCUCCUACAUCGGCACCUCCCCGGCCGGGUCCGUCGUGGCCCUCACCGCGGGGAUGAAGAUCCAGCUCACGCACCACUUCUCGGACGCGGAUGUUGCGCCGGGGAAGCUGGAUAUUGUGCUUGUGCCGGGGCCUGACCCUCGAGAGCAAUGGGCCAAAGAACUACUGGCCUGGCUCAAAGCACACGCCGACACCCCUCAAGUCGACAUCCUCAGCGUCUGCACCGGUAUGUUUGUCUGCGGCGCCGCAGGCCUGUUGACCACCACCAACGGCACCACCACCACCGGUAAGAAAGCAUGUGGGCCCGCCGCCAUGCAAGGGGCUCUCAAGGCCCGGUUCGGCGAGGAGGUGCAGUGGGUCGGCCAUGAGCUGCGCUGGACCAGGGAUGGGAACUUUUGGAGCAGU